AUGGCCAAGGGGACGGCGAAGAAGACGGCGGCGGCCGGCGAUGGCAGGAGCAAGGAAGGUGUCGUGGAGAAGGUAGACGGCAUGGCGCCGGUGAAGGGUGGCGGUGGCGGUGACCUGGCGAACGAGGUGGUGGUAAGCGUGCCGGUCCACUGCGAGGGCUGCGCCAGGAAGAUGCGACGGUCUCUGCUGCGCACCGAGGGGUUUGAGGAGGUGAUCGUCAAUAACUCGACCAACACGGUCGUCGUGACUGGCCAGAAGGCGCUGGAGGAUCCGAUGAUGGUGGUCGAGAGGGUCGAGAGGAGGACGAGGAAGAAGGCGCUGCUUCUCAGCCCAUCGCCGGCCAAAUUGCCGCCACCAUCAGCAGUGAAAAAUAAGGAUACGAAGAAAGAGGCCGCAAAGGCAGACAUGAAAAAUGAUGUAACGGAGCUGGAUAUGAAAAUGGGUGUAGUGAUGAAGAUAGAAAUGCAUUGUGAAGCUUGCAGCGAGGAGAUGAAAAGGAGGAUCCUCAACAUAAAAGGAGUGGAGGAAGCGGUGCCACACAUGAAAUCUUCAGAGCUGAUGGUGAAAGGGGCAGUCGAGCCAGCAACCCUGGUAGGAUUCAUCCACAAGUGCACGGGAAAGAAAGCUGCCAUUAUCAGGGCAGAGCCUCUGGAUCUGCCGCCAGCAUCAGCAAUGACCGCGCCGAUGGGCGAGAAAACAACAGCGGAUGCUAAUGCAAAGCAGCAAGAACCAUCUGACAAUCUGAAAGAGAAAAAUGAAGGAGUAAAAGAGGAGACCAAACAAGAGGAGGUAAAAGGGGGAGGAGGUGAAGGGCAGGUGCAAAAUGUCGACGAGAAGACCAAAACUGAGAUACAAGACAAAGGGGAUGGAGAUGGAGUUGAGAAGGAAAAAACCCAAGAGAAGAACCAAAUGAAGGAUCACCAGUUUAAACUGCCUGUGCAGGAUGCGGUUGUUGCGGUAGCGCCCGAGGCUGGCCUCUAUGAAUACUACUACCACCCACCCUAUGCUUACGCAUACCCACAAUAUGCGUAUCAGCAGUAUCAGUACCCAUAUGCUGGCCAUCCUGCGGCAAUGUAUCGGCCGUAUCCGCACUACCCACCGGCACCGCAGACACUCAGCGAUGAGAACCCAGAAGCAUGCACCAUCAUGUAA